AUUUUUCAUGAAAACGUUGUUGAAGAAUGACUAAUUUCGUCAGUGUUACAAGUGUAUUUACUUAUUAAGUAGUAUUUACUUGAUGCCGAGCUAAUAACAUAAAGAAAAACCACAACAAAGUGCAUUUUUACGUAAAUCGGCGGUCGGAAUUGUGUGUAAAGCUGCAGCAAAAUGAAGAAACAAUUUGCGAAAAUUAAAAUUGCUGCAGAAAAUUUAUCUAGAUCAACGAAGACGGACUGCAAAGAUUCAGAGCUUGAGAUAAUUGAAAAACAAGUGGACAGAUAUCGUGAUACUAUUGAGAAGAUUGUGCGGAAGCUACCAGCUCUGAGCAGUGGCGGCAACAGCAGCAGUAGCAGCAGCAAUGGCACAGUUACCAAUGAGGAGCACGACAAGAGGAUUAAGAAAAAUAGUCACUAUAAGAUUGCACAAGCGCUGGACGAAUCGGCCAAGGAGUUGCCCAAGGAUAUGCCCCUGCAGAAGGUCCUAUCGAAUUGCGGCGAACUGGAGAAGACAAUUGCCGAGUGCAGCAUCGAGAGCGAACUGGAAACGGAGACCAAAGUUGUGCGGCGUUUGAAAAACAUCUUAGAUAAAGAAAUACAAGAGAUCUCAACAUUAAAGCGUAAUGUGUCCCGCACUCUGCAGGAAUACACCUCAUUGAAGCGCAGUCAUGAGGCCGCCAUACGGCUGGAUGAGCCCGCCGCCAAGGUGAACCACAUAAAGAGUCAGCAGGAGGAGUGCGAACUGAAGCUGGAGAAGGAGCGCGAUGCGUGGGCGGCACAAAUGCUGGAGCUGAUUGCCAAAGAGGAUGAGAUUGUCAACUGCAUACGCGAAUAUGUGCUCAACCAAAGAAACUAUCAUGAACGGGCAUUGCAGCACGUCAAUGCAUCCCUGGCACGCAUCCAGGACACUAUACAGGGCACAGAGAAGUCGCGCUUUGGAACCUCGCUCAAGGAGCAUUUGACAUCGACGAACCGUGAGAUUUCCUACAUUGUGGAGCUUUGUUGCUGCUGUCUGCUGGAGCAUGGUCUGGAGGAGGAGGGUCUGCUACGUGUGGGAUGUGCCAGCACCAAGCUGCGGCGCAUGAAGCAUGCGCUGGAGGCACAGCAUGUUAAGACGCCCCUGCCGUUGGAGUAUCAGGAUCCCCAUGUCAUUGGCUCCAUAUUGAAGCUAUAUCUGCGUGAACUGCCCGAGCCGCUGCUGACGUAUGCGUUGUACAAGGACUUUAUACGGAUUGCGGAGCGUCACAGCGAGGCGGAGCGAAAGACAGAGAUUAAAGCAAUACUGGGAAAAUUGCCCAAGGAAAACUAUGCCAAUCUGCGCUACCUUACACGCUUCCUGGCGCUCCUGCAACAGCGCGCCGUGCACAAUAAGAUGAAUUCCCAGAAUCUGGCCAUUGUCAUGUCCCCCAACAUGCUCUGGCCACGGGUUGACAAGAGCAGUAAUGCACCCGCUGACUACAUUGGCCAGGUAAACAGCUCCUCGGCCGCCAAUAUCAUCGUUGAGCUAUUAAUAAGUCAAUGGGAUUACUUCUUUGAUGGGGAUGUUGAAUUUUAUUUGACUCUGCAGCGUCAGAAACUUUUUGUCGAAGGCAAAAGCAAAUCGAAUUCCUCGAAUGAGCAUUUGGACAGGCAUGACAGUGAAAUCAUGGAGAGUCCACGCUAUGGCACAUUGCGACGUCAGAAGCCCAAUGCACCUUCACCGCCUACCAAAAUCGAAGCCACAACCAAUGGAGGCGGUCCGACCAAUCAUUCGCAUUCGACGCGCCCGCAUGCCAAGGAGUUGUUUCCGCAGCAGGAUGACAAGCAUGACAAGCCGGAAAAACAGGAGAAGCCCGUCAAGCCACCGCUGCCUAAUUUGGCACAGCUUCAGCAGCCUGCAACACAGUCUGCCACGCAGUCUGCCGUUAGUCAACCUACGUACACGCAGUUAGAACCGAUGCCACCUCCGCCAGUGACGCCGGCUAAGCCUGUACCGAUGACGCGCACACAGUUCUUCGGUUUAGACAAUCUGCCGUCGCCCACAGCUGAUCGCAGAAGCGUAGACAGCAUUGGUAGCUUCAGAUUGAAGCCAGAUUUACCACAGAAGCCACAACUGCCUAAGCGUCCGGUUGUGCUGGCUGUGGGCUGCGGGAAUGGGAUUGGCCCUAAAGGCGACAGCAAGAGCGAUGAUGAGGUCAUCACGCCCACACAGGCCAAAAUCGACAAUGGCAAUGGCACCGUGCGUUAUACAACCGAGAAGUUUAUCGAUAAGCUGCGGCAGGAAAAUUGUGAUACAAACGGAACGCGGGAGGAGGCGACUACAAAUGCAAUACCAACAUCAGCAACGACAACCAGCACAACAACUGCAACAGUAGCAGCAGCUCCAACAGCGGACAGGGAGCAGAAUCAUAACCAUGAUAACCAGCAUUUGGCACCAGAAUCGGCAAAUAAUAUACAGAAAGAACAGCAAACGCCUACCACGCCCAUAUCGCCAAACUCAUUUCAAACGCCCAAAAGGCCAACGGUGCCAGCGCCGCCUCCGCCGACGUCAAUACGCAAACAGGCAGAUUAGAUUAGGGGUUAAGAGAGAAAGAGAGAGAUAGAGAGAGUCCUUAUGGGUCGCUACAGUGGCGCUUUCUUAGUUAAUCGUAAGACUUGAACGCACAGUAAUUUAGUUAAACGAAGCUUCUUAAUAAGUUGCUGACGGCAUCACGAUAUAUAUAUCAAUAUAUAGCAACAAUAUGCAAUUUGGAGAGAAAGCAACUUAAUUCUGUAUUCUGCAUUUGUAUUCUUUGCAUUGUGAAUUAGCAAUUUGAAAUGUAUGUGUUUUAAGCCAUAUGUCAAAACGAUAUCCAUAAACGAUAUACAUUUAUCUAUAAACUUAAUAUAUACAUUAUAUAUAUAUAUAUAUAUAGUCUAUAGUAGGCAUCCAUUAAUUAACUUAAUUAUCUAAAUUUCAAGCGAAAUAAGCCCAAGCGAAGGUUUUUUUUAAAUUAAUUAAUAUGUUAAUAUCCUUAUUUGAAGGUUGUGAUAGACAUGAAGAGAAGGGUUUGUGUUUCCUUAAUUUUGUGUUGCUCUGUUGCGCCCCCAUUUUUUUGAAAGACAAUUUCUAGUGUGAUUCUUUAAUUUAAUUAAUUAAAUUUGAAAUUUUAAUGAAAUUUAAAUCCGUUGCGCUUUGUACUUUGUUUAUUUUGGGCUAUACUAUAUCGAAGAAUUAUAACCAAUGUGUAUUCCUUUAAUCGUA